AAAAUCUCUCCUCCGAGAUUGACCAAACCAGUGCAGGGCUCCAGGCCCACCACAGCGGCCGCUCCUCCCCAUUUCCGAGUACCGACCAGCCACCGACGCACGCAUUCCCCCAAGCGGCGUCUCCAGUCUCCACCACCAUGGCCUCCGCCUCCGCCUCCGCCUCGCCGCGCACCACGCAGGAGCUCAUCGACGCCCUCACCGCGCACCUCUCCCUCUACCACGCCGCCGCGAACCCUACCCGCGCCCCCUCCUCGUCCCCGCGCGCCGCGAUCCUCCGGUGGCUCGCCUCCCUGCCCCCCGCCGCGCGCUCCGCCGCCACCACCUCCCUACUCUCCCCCGCCGCGGCCGCCGCGCUGCUCUCCAUGCUCCGCCGCCUCCGCCUCCGGGGCCACUCCUCCUUCUUCGUCCUCCACUCCUCGUCCCCGUCCUCCUCCGCGCGCGAGGCCGACGAGCCCACCGUCCUCUCGCGGCUCUCCCGCGGUCUCCUCGCCCGCGCCGCCGCGGGAUGCCGGGCGCAUGCCCUCCUCUUCUCCAACCUUCUCCUCUUCCCCUCGCCCCACUCGUCGUCGCGGCGCCCCAACGCGAUAACCGUCGCCGAGGCCCUCUUCGCCGACCUCGACGGCCUUAUCGCAGCCAUGGACGAGAUCUCCGGCGGAAGGUUCCUCUGCUGCGGGGAGGGGGAGGUGGACCUGGCUGCGCUGGCGUGCGAGGAUUUUCCGGAGCUGCCCUGGCUGAAUGCGAAGGGGUACUACGUGAUCGAGGAGUUUGUGGCCAACAGGUUGGAGAUCGCGCUGCGGAUGUCGUGGGCGGCGGCAGGUGGAUGUGGAGGGAGGAAGGCGGCAAGGGUUGGGAAGGGUGUGAAGGAGAAGGCUGGGUUGGCCGCAAACGCGUUCUGGAGGGAGAAGGGGUAUGUGGAUUGGUGGAUGAAGCUGGAGCCACGGGUGAGAGCAAGGAUCAUUGGGGCAUUCUUCGGGAAAGGUGCAAUUGCAAUGGCUAAUGAGAUCGCUGAAGGAUCAGAUAUUGCUUCAAGAGAAAAAUUCUGCUUCUGCCUAGGUGAACCAGGAUCAUUUGUUGCAGAUACUGGUGAAUGUAUACGACAGCCUUUUUUUAGAAAGAAUCGACCUGCUUCCAUUGAUGUUGCAAACAAUCUGUCUUGUAAGAAGCUUAUUUUUGCUAAAGAGUUGAAAAGACUGCAGCUUGUUCAGGAGAUAGUGUGUUUGAAAAGCAACAUUACUUGCUGUGGUGGUGAUGCAAUCUUUUUCACUUCAUUAACAUCAGCUGCUACUGUUGCUGAUGAUAUACUCGUGAAAUUACGAGAGCUCCUCAUGGUGGUAUCGACGGAAAGUAUAAAUCUUGAACUUAUUGGCGAUGGAGCUUCAAAGGCUCUGGAAAAGAAAGGUGUUGAAAAGACCAGUGGAGGUUCUCGGAAAGGAAAGAAGAAGUCUAACAGCUCAAAAAAGCUAACAGAAUCUUCUAAGCCAAUAAAGGACAAUGGAUGCAAUAGUUCAGAAACUCGCAAUUGUAGGGUUUUACUAAACCAAUGUGCUCCAUCUGUUGGAGGCACUACUGCUGGACCUGCUUCUGAAGAAACUCCUUGCAAGGAAAUUGCACCAAAAAUAAAGGUGGAGCAAACUGUUGGGUUUGAUGACAGCAAGAACCAUUGUAACAAAAAGAAGAACAAACGUAAAGGGAAAACAAAAGUAUCAAAUCUGAUGAGACCUGAGAGCCCAGGAUCUAGCAAAUUGAAGAAAGCUCUUCCUCGUGUUGCUACAGAAGCCUCACAUAAACCUAUUGAAGAAGUCGAUGACUCACCUAAUCUCCCUUCUUAUGUCUAUUCUUUCAGGAGUGAGGUCCCUGAAGCAGUUAGUUGCUCUAACUCUUCCAUAUUACUGAAUGGAACAAAGGUAAAAGCAAGCAGAAACAGCACAAUACAGGAAGACACCUCAUAUUCUCCUAGAGUUAGCUCGUUAGUUACUACAAAACAUUAUCAGAGUGCUCAUGAGUCUGAUGCCUUCAACAUGAGUGAGCAGGCAACAUCAUACAUUAGUCACAAUGAAUCCAUGGUUCAAUCAUCUUCAUGUUUACCUUCCAGAAGUGAUAAUCUUUCUUCCGAUAAGCUGUACAGAAAUUCUGUUGAUGCCUUGGUAAGAUCUGCACAGGAUAAAACUGGCUGUGAUGAAAAACACGUGGAUCAUAAAUCUGUGGUGGCAACAGACAAAAUAUUACCUUCGGUUAUCCCUACUCCUGCCAACAUGCUUCAAAGUGCUAUGAGCGACAAUGGUGCAGUAGUGAAAAAUAGUGGAGGUGAAUAUUAUGUAUACAACAGAAACCUACCGGGAGGAACAUCAUAUGAAUGGCCUAGUGUAACGCCACCUCAUUUUGUAUCUCCUGAAAUGCCACAUCGCCCAGCUGCAGCGGACAGGUUGCAUCUUGAUGUUGGUUACAAAUGGCCAUCUCAAUUCAACCAACCCUUUCUUCCCGCCAACCAUCAGGUCAGAAAUCCGCCAAUUGAGGCUGGAUGCAAUCAACUGUUACCCUCUCUAGCAGUUCCACUAAGUUUUGAUUGGCCUCCUGCUUUUAGAGGCUAUGGUCAGCUGAGUCAUAAUGCUGCUUUAAGUUACGAUCCAUUGUAUACCCCAAAGAUGCAAUCUUCUGCUUGGUCAGGAUUUCCUGCUCAACUAAUGCAAAGAGGUGGUAUUUGCAAUGAUAAAGGUAGGAAAUAUUUUGGUGACAGUGAUAUUGGGGAUGAUACUGAAAGCUACUGGUUUUCUGAAGAAGAAUCAGAUGGCCGUGCACAUUCUGGAAGAGAUAUUAAUCAAUAUUUUGGUGGAGGCGUGAUGUAUUGGAGUCCUGCAGAACACACAGGAACUGGUUUUUCUAGGCCACCAUCUCUUAGUUCGGAUGAUAGUGCUUGGGCUUGGCAUGAGGCAGAUGUUAUACGAGUUGUCGACGACGUUGCUAAUGGGAUUCCAUCUACAUAUGCAAAUGGUGUAUCAUCACCACCCUCCACUUCAUCCUGUUCCCUAAACGAAUCUGUGGAUCCUGCUAUUCACUCAAUAACAGGGAAUGACAUCAACAGUGAAGCUUUGCCUUCUCCAUUGUCCAUGCAAGACAGUCCUGAAGAUAAAAUUACUUCAGUUGCAAAGAGUCCGUCUUGUGGCAGUGAAGUAGUCAAGGGAGAUACAUUGCCAUAUGCAAUGCUGCGGCCGAUAGUUGUUCCUAAUAUAUCACGAAGGUCAUCAAGAUCGGACUUUAAGGGUAGUCAUGAUCACAGGAGCCCAUGUGUGCCUUCAAACAGGAGGGACAUACCUCUUCUGAGAAGACCUCCGUCACCAGUAGUACUUAGUGUUCCUCGCGUGCCUCAGCCACCACCCCCUUCUCCUGCUGGAGAGUCAAGAAAAAGAGGAUUCCCAAUUGUUAGAUCCGGAAGCUCAAGUCCUAGACAUUGGGGGAUGAGAAGUUUAUUAUCUGAAGAUAAAUUUUUCCAUAGGGCUCAGUUUUGCUUGGAUGGUCCUGAAGUUGUAUGGCCUUCAUGGGGAAACAAGGGCACUUCUGCUGGUACACUGGUGCAAUCAAUUGAGGAUACUGUUUUGCAGGACCACCUUGUUAAGAUUUCACAACUAUCUCAUGAUCAACAUCCAGAUGUGGCGUUGCCUGUGCAGCCACCGGAUAUGCUAAAUGGUUCAUCUCACAAAUCAUCCCUCUCUUUGAUGCACGAUGCUCUACAUGAAGAGAUAGAUCAAUUCUGUAAGCAGGUUGCUGCUGGGAAUCUGGUGAGGAGAUCCUAUAUAAAUUGGGCGGUCAAAAGAGUCACACGCUGCUUGCAGGUUCUCUGGCCUCGUUCCCGCACAAAUCUAUUUGGCUCGAAUGCCACUGGUUUGGCCCUUCCGACUAGUGAUGUUGAUCUUGUGGUGUCUCUUCCCCCAGUUCGAAACCUGGAACCUAUUAAAGAAGCUGGAAUUUUGGAAGGCCGGAAUGGCAUAAAGGAAACAUGUCUUCAGCAUGCAGCAAGGUGUCUUACAAACCAGGACUGGGUUAGGAGUGAUUCCCUCAAAACGAUUGAAAAUACAGCUAUACCUGUGAUCAUGCUUGUAGCAGAUGUACCUUGUGACACAAAUAUGUCCAGUGAGUACUCUUCUGUUCUGGAUAGUUCACAAGAAUAUUCAGUUAAUGUGCUUGGAGAACAAGGGAGCCCUCCUCGUUCUGAUACCUCUAGUUCGGAAGGCAGCAACAUGCUGGUGUGUUCAAAAUUGAAUAAGGAUGAUUGUGAUACUGUACAGUCAAUUCGUCUUGAUAUAAGUUUCAAAUCGCCAUCCCAUACAGGACUGCAAACUACUGUGUUGGUCCGUGAGCUGACUCAGCAAUUUCCUGCGGUUGUACCUCUUGCUUUGAUUCUUAAGAAGUUUUUGGCUGACAGGAGUUUGGACCACCCCUAUUCAGGUGGUCUAAGCUCUUACUGUUUGGUACUGUUAAUUGUUCGUUUUCUCCAGCAUGAGCAUCAUCUUGGGCGGCCUAUUAACCAAAAUCUGGGCAGCCUUUUGAUGGAUUUCCUGUACUUUUUUGGGAACAUAUUUGAUCCACGCCAUAUGCGUAUUUCCAUCCAAGGGAGUGGAAUUUAUUUGAAUCGAGAAAGAGGCCACAGCAUUGAUCCCAUCCAUAUUGACGAUCCACUUUGCCCCGCUAACAAUGUGGGCAGGAAUUGUUUCCGCAUUCACCAGUGUAUCAAGGCUUUUGCAGAUGCUUUUGCUGUUCUAGAGAAUGAGCUACUGCAGUUCAGUGCAGAAUGUAGCAGGCCUGCAUUAUCAUUCAAUAUUUUAAAGAAAAUAAUCCCAAGUAUUUAUUCUGAUGAGUUGUAGCAAUAAAAAGGGCGGAGGAUUCCACACGUUACAUUUGGUGUUGGGUUGGAAUGACCUGUUCUUCCUUCUAUACUCUGAUGGCUAUGCAGCUCUUCAGAAAAGAAGCCAUGUUACAGCCUCAGUCCACUGAGUCCGAAACCCCUGGAAUGGACGAAAAAGUUGAUCUGCAAAAUGGUCAUAUUCCAGUGGAUUAGCGAAGCUGUGUUUGAGUUAUGAUGCAAGAUGACUAAGGGCCUUUACGUUUCCAGCUGUUUCUGGCUAUUGUUUCUGUCAGAAGUCUAGAAGCCAGAAGACAGAAUAAAUGGGUUUGUUGAAAAGUGGCUUUUGGGGAAGUUAUGAGGAAAUAAACUAGAAGCUAAGAAGCUAGUUGAGAGUAGUUUUUCUGAGAAGUUAUGUGCUAAGAAGCUAAAAAUUUAUUGUAGAAACUAACAGUUUAUUUUCAAAAGUAGCUUUUUAGAAAAAUCAAAAUCAUAUCUUUUCAAAAAAACUAAAAGCAAAAGCUAAAACAAACAGGCCCUUACUCCCUGAUGGAGCUUCUGGAUGCUGAGACAUCUGAAUCUAGGUGGAUUGGCUUCCUCAAGAGCACAGUGGUGGUGCAGCAGAAGGUACAUACAUAAAUGGCUUGUUCUUGCUGCCUUUUGUGAAGUGAGCUUAUUCAUCUAACUAGGUAAGUGUGUAUCGCAAGCUUAUCCAUUGGAUAUCAUAAAUGAUAAAUCCUUCACCUUCUGCCAAUAUUAUGUGUUGCCAAUGAAUACUACGAGGAAUUUGCCUAUUAGUGACGAACUUUAUUUACUCACUACCAUGCAAGAUCCAUAGUGACAAACUAUUUGGAAGCAGAAUGAACUCACUAGAGAGUGCCUUGCUGGUCAGACCUGUAAGGUCAUGGAAGGAGCGGAGUAACAGAUCUUUUGGAACAUAUAAACCUGAGGAGCACUGGAGAGUGCUCUAGCACCAGUUCUAUAAGUUUUCUGAAGCACUUGGGGUGAUAGAAUCAUUUUGUGAUUCCCCUUUCAAUCGAGCGGGGGAGGGGGGCAUGUGGAGAGACAAUGUCUUAGUACUUUGGCAGUCAAGAAUUCAAGAUCAGCACAUUGGAAAGGAAACGAUUAACGGUAUAUGAGGAAACCUGCUUCUAUGUGUAGUACUAACAGUUGGGAGGUAUCAUUGGCAGCACGAAUGGUGUAGCGGGCAACUUUUCCAGAUUGCCGAGCAGAGGCCUUUCUGGCGACUGGGAACGAGAUAUCCUGAACGGAAAGAUUGUUCCUUGGAUACCUCAAAUGCUAAGCGGAAGGAACUGUGACGAGGAUGAUUAUCGCAGUACUCUUGAUUUUCAUAUUUCUUGCUGCAGCUACGGGUACAUGCGUUUCUGCAGUCCGAAAUCGAAGUUACUGCUCUCGUAGUGUUGUACUAAUUUUUCACUGAAACAUUGUUGUUUUGGUGCUUUGUAAUGAUUUUCUAGGGUUAGUAUCAACAGAAAAAUAUUGUGAAACAGGGGUAACCAAUUUGUACGCUUAAUUUCCUUGAUGCUCAUAAACAUAUUGAGGCAACAGGCCCCGAUAAACGAACA